UUUUAGGGUUUUAGAUUAGAUGUCUCUUCAAAAUUCAAACCGCUGAGCGUAGGGUUUAUCGCCAUCCUACUCAUUUCCAGGUUUUAGGUUUGUGCGGUUUUGUUUUCUCAUUCAAAGGAAACUUAAAAUCGUCAUGUGGGCGCUUCGUAGAGCUGUUCAUCCUCUCAGGGGUGAAGGAUAUCGCCGAGUUGUCUCUUCAGCUUGUGCUAAAUUCGAUAUUGCAAGUAAUCAUGAAGAACACAUUGUGGGAAUUUGCGACUCUAGCCAGUUUACGUCUGGUAAAAGCAUUCCUCUGGAGGGAUUUCACCAAACGCGGCAUCUUAAUGCAAGGUUCUCUCUGGGGAGUAGUACCCGUAGCCUUUCUUCGCAGGCUGGUGCAAAAAGCAGCGGGGAGGAAGAUGAGUUGGAAGAUGGAUUUUCCGAGCUUGAAGGUCCAUCUAACACAGAAGAAAUUGGAGAGGAUGCUGUAGGAGAGGAGAAUGAUGAGGAAUUGGUUUCCCAGCCAGAGCUCUCAGAUGAUGAUGCAGUAGAGAGCAUGGGUGAUGCCUCCCAUAACGAACUUGAUGUGGAAGCUGAUAUUUGUACAAGUGACACAGGUGAGACAGAGUUACGGAAGAAGAGGGGUCAUUCAGACUUGUUCAAAGUUAUAAUGGCUGCUUCACGUGAUUCUGUUCGUGAUGCUCUCAAUAAAUGGGUUGGAAAAAGUAACAUGGUGAGCCGGCCUGAGAUAUUGUCUGCCAUGCUUAAUCUCCGGAAGCGCCGGAUGUAUGAAAGGGCUUUGCAGUUAUCAGAGUGGUUGGAGGAAAAUAAGCACCUUGAUUUUAUUGAACAUGAUUAUGCUUCUCGCCUUGAUUUGAUUGCUAAAGUACGUAAUCUCCAAAAGGCUGAGAAGUACAUUAAGAGUAUUCCAGAAUCUUUCAGAGGGGAAGUAGUCUAUCGAACCCUCUUGGCUAACUGUGUUYGUUCUGUAAACAUGAAGAAAGCAGAGGAGGUUUUUAACAAAAUGAAGGACUUGGAGUUCCCACUCACAGUGUUUACUUGCAACCAGUUACUUUUGCUGUAUAAGAAGCUUGACAAAAAGAAAAUAGCUGAUGUGCUACUGUUGAUGGAGAAGGAAAAUGUCAAACCAUCUCUUUUCACAUAUAGGAUCUUAAUAGACACUAAAGGCCAGUCCAAUGACAUUUUGGGAAUGGAGCAGUUGCUUGAGACCAUGAAUGCUAAAGGAGUUGAACCUGACUUACAAACCAAAGCCACUAUUGCUAAACAUUAUGCUGAUGCAGGACUCAAUGACAAGGCGGACAAGGUCUUGAAGGAGAUGGAAGGGAGUAAUAAUUUGAAGGAGAAUCGUGGGGCUUCCAGGGCCUUACUUCUUCUCUAUGCAGCCCGUGGAAAGAGUGAUGAUGUCAUGAGAGUCUGGAAGGCAUGUGAGCCAAACCCAUUGAUGGAGGAGUACCUAGCUGCUAUUGAAGCUUGGGGCAAGCUGGGAAACAUAAAGGAGGCUGAGUCAGUCUUUGAGAGGAUGAUCAAGAAAAGGAAGUCCAGCUCAAAGUGCUAUACUUGCCUUCUGAAAGUUUAUGCAGAACAUAAGAUGUUAGGCAAGGGGAAGGAGCUUGUGAAGAGGAUGGCAGAUAGUGGAUGCCAUAUUCCCCCGUUGACAUGGGAUGCUAUUGUGAAGCUGUAUGUGGAGGCUGGGGAGGUGGAGAAGGCAGACUCAAUCCUGAAUAAGGCAGUCCAGCAAAGGCAUUUGAGGCCACUAUACAACUCAUACAUGACCAUCAUGGAUAAGUAUGCAAAGAGGGGUGAUGUCCAUAAUGCUGAAAAAAUAUUCAACAGAUUGAGGCAGUCAGGGUACCUUGGUCGGGUUCGGCAGUACCAAGUUCUCCUCGAGGCUUAUAUAAAUGCCAAAACUCCAGCUUACGGCUUCAGGGAGAGGUUGAAGGCAGACAAUUUGUUCCCAAACAGAGCAUUGGCGUCCCAGUUGGUGAAGGUAGAUGCAUUCAGGAAGAUAGCCAUGUCGGAUCUGUUUGAUUGAUUGGUUGAUUUUUGGAGUUGUCCGUGCCUCCUUCCACUUGUGUUGCCCUGCAUGGUUGGAUGUAUUUGGAUUCCUUGAGGGGCUCAACUAAUAUAACACAGGGCAUAAGCUCGGUCUGCAAGUGUUUGUGCUAUACAAUUCUUAAAUUUGUACAAAUGUAGGCUUGGCUUUAGAGGUGAAUAACCAAACUGAAUAUUUUGUCAAGAUGACACCCUGGCUGUUAAUGUCUUUUUCUUCUAUCGUAUUUCCUCUCUCUAUUAACUUAAAUAAUUUCUAUCUUAUUUCUUUA